AUGGCGAUCAGUGUCAAGAAUGGCGAUGCUCACGCCCCGGCGGAGUUCGACCUUCGCAGCGAUAUAGUGACUGUGCCCACUCGGGCCAUGCUGGAUGCCGUCGCCAAUUCUACCUACAAGGACGAUGUGUAUCGAGAAGAUGCCACCACCGAAGACUUCCAGGCAGAGAUGGCGAAGAUGCUCGGACAUGAGGAUGCUAUUUUUAUGCUCUCGGGAACCAUGAGCAAUCAACUUGCCCUCAGAUCGUUGUUGACCCAGCCACCGUACUCAGUGCUGUGUGACUCUCACGGACACAUCAUUCACUACGAAGCGGGAGGGGUGGCCAGCCUGUCAGGUGCAAGCAUCCAGCCGGUGGAAGCUCUCAACAAGAAAUACUUGACCCUAGAGGAUAUCUUGGAAAAGGCCGUCCUUGACGACUAUGUGCAAUACUCCCCUACCAGGGUCAUCUCCCUUGAAAAUACUCUGAAUGGAGUGGUAUACCCUUUGGACGAAAUCCGGAGGAUCUCUGCAUUCGCCAGAGCACAUAAUAUCAAGAUGCAUCUUGACGGUGCCCGCCUCUGGGAUGCAGUGGUUGCUGGAGGAGGCAGUCUGAAAGAUUACGCUCAAGAGUUCGACACCGUCAACUUGUGCUUUUCCAAAGGGUUGGGCGCUCCUCUGGGGAGUGUUCUCGUCGGCAGCAAAAAGACAAUUGCGCAGGCGAGGAAGGUCAGACAGAGUAUUGGAGGAGGCAUGCAUCAAGCGGGGGUGCUCACGGCAAUGGCUCGGGUGUCGUUCAUAGAUACCUUUGGGGGAAGAGUUGACGGUAAAGGGUCCCUGCUGUUGCGAGGCCAUCAGAAUGCAAAACACCUUGCUGAUCUUUGGGUCCGCCUUGGUGGGAAACUCCUCGGUCCGACAGAGACGUGCAUGGUAUUCUUGGACCUCAAGGAUAUCGCCUUGUCUCGAACCGAGCUCGAAAAGAUGGCGCUAGACCACGGACUGAUCAUCAAGAAUGAGCGACUGGUGGUCCACUACCAAAUCUCCGAUGAAGCUGUUCGACGGAUCGAGAAGCUGUUUGCCGCCAUUUUUGAGAGAGCAAGCGUAAAUAAAUAG